CUGAAGUUGACCAACUUCGCUGGCCAGACAGUGCCCCCUUAUGCCAUCCUGUCGCACAGAUGGACAGGCGAGGAGAUUCUGUUCGAGGAUACUAUUUGGAACGAAUUCGACAAGACCUCAGCUGGAUGGCGAAAGAUCGAAUUCUGCGCCAAGCAGGCGGCAUUGGAUGGCCUAAAGUACUUCUGGUGCGACACCUGCUGCAUCGACAAAUGGAACAAGGCCGAGGUUGCUAGGACAAUCAACUCGAUGUUCGACUACUCUCGCGAUGCAGCGAAAUGCUACGUCUACCUACAGUGCGAUCAAACACGCAGCGUAGAAACUACCGAACAAUCAGCAGUCUUUAAUGAGGAGCAGCUCCGGCAGAAUGAAUGGUUUAAGAGAGGAUGGACGCUCCAGGAAUCAUUGCUUCCGGCG